GAAAAUACGGGAACAUCUGAGUGCUUUAUCCGAAAAAUCUACUCAGAUUACCUUAGCGUGGGUCCCUUCUCACUGCUCGAUACCGGGUAAUGAGAAAGCGGACUCUUUGGCUAAGGUGGGCGCAACAAACGGUGAUAUUUAUGAAAGACCAAUUACCUUUAAUGAAUUUUUCGCAUUUGUACGUCAGAAUACGAUCAUCAGUUGGCAAAAUUCUUGGACCAAGGGGGAACUGGGAAGGUGGUUACAUUCCAUAAUCCCCAAGGUACCGACGAACCCGUGGUUCAAGGGGUUGGAUGUAGGUCGGGAUUUCAUUUGCGUGAUGUCCCGGCUUAUGUCCAAUCACUAUAGAUUUGAAGCGCUUCUCCGUCGUGUUGGGCUCGGGGAGAGUGGUAUCUGUGCCUGUGGUGAAGGUUAUCACGACAUAGAGCACGUUGUUUGGUCAUGUCCUGUACACCGUGACGCCAGGUCUAGAUUAAUAGCUUCCCUGCAGGCCGAAGGUAGGCAGCCGGCUGUUCCUGUUCGUGAUGUCUUGGCGAGCCGUGACCUAUCCUACAUGUCCCUCAUAUACGUUUUCCUGAAAUCCAUCCACGCCCCAGUUUAGUCCUAUCCCCUUCCGCCUACAUCCAACCAAACGACAAGAACACGUUAAGACCCCGGAUCCGGAAACAGCAAUCAGACCCGCACGAUACUCUCAAGGCCCGAUGGAAACAACCCAAUAUGCCAGUCCGUAAUAUCUUGGCCCAGCAGCGGAACAAAUUUAAUAUGCUGCUUACCUAUGGCAAUGAAAACCAUCAAACAGCCGUUGAUACGCACCGGCUCGCAAAAGUAAAGAACGGUUUUUUGAGCGCCUCGAAACUGAUCGUUCGCCCGAAGCCGAAGUUUACCGAGACAUUACGAUUAUUGUGUAUAUGAUACAUAUUCUGAUUUUGAUCUCUGUCAAUGUAUUCCUUGUACAACUUUUGUGUUAUGCGUAUCACGCAUUGGUUGUGCGAAGUCAGAGCAAAUUCUGUGCGAAUUGAAAGGACACAUUGGAUGAUUAAAGCUUGAACUUUUGCGUGUACGCGCAAAGGCACCACUCAAGAACGUUGUGCUUUUUUAUUUGCUCAUCACAAUGCCUACUAACAAACUGAUGUGAAGCAGUUUAUGUAUUGAAAAAUGCACAAAGAUGAGUAAGUGGACAAGACUGCUAAUUUAUAUACGAAACUAUUGUUGUUUAACCAAUUUAAUGCUAGUUGAUAAUAGAAUAUCACAAUAGAUCAAAUCAAUAGAUAAAUAGAUCAAAUGUCUCUGGUCGCAGUGAUGAGUCCACACAGUAGAAAAAAAAUUUAAUGAUGCCACACGCUAUGUUUAAAGAAGGUUUUUAUACAAAGUGAAUGUACCUAAAAUGUUUCACCGUAGGUUCAUAGUUUUAGCCCUCUAGUUUCAAAAUAUGAACACCGGAAAAUAUUUCAUCGAUGAAAAUAUGUUUUUUCUUCGAUUUUCCAUCUCAUAUUCAACAAAAUUAUACAUUCUGAUUUUUCAAAAAAUCUAGGAACAAGGAAUCCAAAAUCUGAACACAACUUUUUUUUCUGCUUAAAAUUACGGAAAUUUUCGUGUAAAAACAUACUUUGUACGUCAUUCCAGCUUAAAAUGAGACCACACGCGAAAGUUCAAGCUUUAAUCAUCCAAUGUGUCCUUUCAAUUCGCACAGAAUUUGCUCUGACUUCGCACAACCAACGCGUGAUACGCAUAACGCAAAAGUUGUACAAGGAAUACAUUGAUAGUGAUGUCCGAUUACUUCUCGAUUAAUCGAGUUAAUCGAAUGUUUGCAAAAAUAUUCGAUUAAUUUUCAAUCGAUUAACCGACUUUUCAAAUAUUGAAUAAUCGAGUAGUUGACCCCGAUUAUUGUUCGAUUAUAGUUCAACUUUGUCCAAAAAUGGGAAAAUUGGUUAUGCCAACGGUAACGAAAACACAAGAGAUUUCUAAACCUCUGUUCUCACUUAUUUUAUAUUAUCCAUUUAGUUGAAAAUUGUAGUUGUCAACUGGCGACAAUUGAUUUUACUCUCAUGCCGCACAUUAUACCUUACGUCGCAAAUAGUGCGCUGUAUUGCGCAUCUGAUGUGCUAUACAGCGUACUACACUAAAAUAAUCUCACAUGUUCAGAUUAUAUGGGAGUGUUAUAAAUUUGCACUAUUAGAACAUCCAAUCAAAACAAUGUGAUCGAAAAUGUGUCAUGCAUUCUUUAUGGGAUCGUCUGAUAGACUCACAUUAUUACCAAGCUUUUAAAAUAGAUAAGCAAAUCGUUUAAAAACUAAAGAACAUAUAAUCGAUUGGACUAAUUGGAAAUGCCAUAAUUUAUAUCUUGACAUACAAUGUUUCUUUCAUAUCAUAUGUACAUGAAAACAAAUCGAAGUGUUCGUUUAUGAAAAAUACAAGAAUUUAUUAUAAAAAUAAUCUUAUCUCUUAUCGGAAUAAAGCAAUCCUAUAAAUUAAAGCAAAAAUGAACUACGUCGGUCGGUGGCGGUCACAACUUUCGAGAGAUUUCACUACCGACUUCCUGACAAAUGAUGAUUAAAAAGGAAAUUACCGGUUCAACGUUGGCCACUUGAUCCGAGUUCCAAUGCUCUGUUCGUUGUUUGCUCGAUGAUACGAUUUGAAAAGUGCCAAUUUUUUCGGUGUGAUCUAUAGUUGUGAAUAUCUAGGUAAUUUUAAACUCAAAUGAAGUAUAAAAAAUAAUUUACCUAUUGGAGAUCAGGAAAUAUCCUUCCAAUCACCCAAUAAGACGCCGUCUUUUCGUGGUGUAGCCAUUUUGAAUCUGGAUGACUCGAAACCAAAUCCAAACGUCAGAACAAAACUUCACAGUUAACUGACACAAAGUCCAAAGUCACGACGACGUGUGUUUUUUAUUGGAUUUAUCAAUAAGAUUUAUAUGUUGGUUUCGAUACAUGACGGUUUUAUAUACCUACUUUAUGAAAUGUAUUCCGCAAUAUUGCCUGUAAAUUCAACUUUCUACCACACAUGUUAGACGUAAAUGAAUAUCAAAUAAAAUGGAUGUGAAAAUCCGAUAAUUAUUAUUUCAUUGUGCGAUUCGUUAAAAUUAUUGUAUCACACUUUUGUUAGAAAUGGAUUUCUAAUGGAAUUAAUUAUAAUUAAGAGAUCUUUUGGUACGGUAAAUUCAUUGGACAAAUUUAAUAGAGAAUAUAUGUCGACUUGUUUCAGUGACUUCCCACUUAAGGAUAUCUAAAGUCACAGCGAAAAGUCGCGCGCAACAGAAGUCGCGAUUCGAUUUAGUGCUGCGACGUUAAUAUUUCAUUCAAAAUUAUAAAAAUGCGCGCACGAACGAAAACUAAACUUCUUUUUUGCGUGUUCACAAACAAAACUCUUGGCGUCGCGAUUACGAAGUUGAAAAAGAUUUUAAGGGCUGUUCGCACUAACGCGAAUUCACAUAAGCGAUUGUUAAAAUAUGUGUGAGUGCCAGAGCUAAAAUAUUUCCUUCCCUCUUUUUCGCAUGCAAGAACCGAACGAAUUCGCGUUGACGGUGUUGCUGAUAUUUUGUUUGUUUUUGCAUGCGAAAAUGAAGAAAUGAAAUAUUUUCGCUUUUGUUAUCACGCAGAGGUACAACAACAGGAAGCAAGUCAGGCCAACAAAGUAUGCCAAUUAUCUCUGGCAGAUUUUGAGAGCUGAACACUGAACACAUCUAAAACGACUUUUUGGAUUGUUAAUACGAUGCAAAAAAUCACUAGGCAGUGUAGAGAGGAGCAACCUGAACCAGUCAACAUCGAACCAAGUACUGACCUGUGGGCUGCCCACGGUACUCUUGCUAGAGAAGCAUCAAGAUACAAAAACAUCAACCAUAUGGUUGGAUUACCCGGGGGUUUACGGCAGUAUUUGCAUGGCGAUUUGGCACCAAGGUAUUCUGACCCAGUAUGGAACCGAAUUCAAGGACAGAUUCCAACGCUUUAUAAAAUACCGAUGAAAUACAUGCCAGUUCUAGGAACAUCCGUUCCUUCAGAAGUCUUCAGCAAAGCCGGUCAAACUAUUACAAAGCUGCGAAAUCGGCUCCCAAAUGUUCCUAAUCUAACAGUCGAUAGGAGAGGAUGCAUGGUUCCACUGAUGGCACCUACUCACGUCACAGGGUGUCUAGAGCCAUUCAUUGUCAUUCGAAUGUUUAGCAUUUUUGAAAUAAAUGUUUCUUUUCUCGCUUUCCAAACGGUAAUAAGUAAAUUUAUAUAGUGGUUACUAUUUAUUGAUUCGUUUGCCUAAUGUUUAGGAUAUAGGAUUCGAUCACUUAAAUCUAGUGUAAAGUUUUUUGUACAGCAAAAUCACUUGCAAACGAAUGCACAAUUGGUCGGCGUGCGACCAGACCGAACCAAGCGCCAUUUUUUUGAAAAUUGAGUUUUUAACACUAGUGAAUGUUAAAACUGAUAAUCUAUCUUUUAUGGAAAAACGAAAUCAUUUGAACAGUUUAUAAUGGUAUUAUAACAAAAUUUCUCUGCAGCAACUUGCAGGAAGCUUACGGGAUGAUUAAACUUUGAUCGCCGAUUACUCGAAACAAUGUUUUGUUGUCGCAUGCCGACCAAUUGCAAAACUGAAGAACUAAUUGAAUCGGAAAAAUACUUUCUCGAAGAUUUAUAAAGAAUUAGGCUAAUUGAAUUAAUAAAUGUAUUAAACAAUGUGAUUUCAAACCGAAUAGCCAAAAGUCUUUUAAAGAAAGUUUCAAUAUGUUGUAAAAUUGUACAAUACUGUUUGCUGCAAAAAAGCAAAGUUCAGGUGUAACACUAUUUUACACAGAAUUUGCAUUAGAGAUCCGAUCAUAGGCUUGUUUCAUGAACCAACUUCGUACAUUAAAAUCAAGAGGUAGGCCACGGAAUAUUUCUAGAGCUUUCUGCCAGAUUUGUUAGUAAAAUCUAGAGAUCAAGUUUAUUGGUAACUGACUGUUGGUCAGCCCUAACAUUUUAUUUUUGAACGUAGGGUUCGGCAAUCAGGUAAUCGAUUAUCUCGAUUAAUCGAAUAUCUUGCAUCAGCUAAUCGAGUCCGAUUAGCGGACACAAACAAAAUAGUCGAUUAACAAUUAAUCCAUUAGUUGAGAAAAUCGGACAUCACUAUACAUUGACAAAGAUCAAAAUCAGAAUAUCGUCAGUUGAAUUCAAUACUGGCACAACUCAAAAUUUUGCAGUUUUGAGUUAUUGAUGGCAAACUAUGUCAAAUACUAUAAAGUUUCAUCUCACAAAAACCCGUUUCAACAUUCACAAUAUUUCCAGAAAUAUAAGUAGAUGUGCCUUUAUUGCACAAAUCUAAAAUAUCCCUAGAAAGACAGAAAAAUGAGGUUACAAUUCUUAUAACUUGCUUAUUACAUGCACAUGAUAGACCGAAACAAGUUUAAUAAAAAGGGGAAGUCUCAAAAUUGGAAUUUUUCACGAAAAUGAAAAAAGAAAUUUUUGACGCAAAUUUUCAAACGCGUUUUUCUCGAAACUGAAUUUUGAGUUGUGCCAGUAUUGAAUUCAACUGACGAUAUGUAUCAUAUACACAAAAAUCGUAAUGUCUCGGUAAACUUCGGCUUCGGGCGAACGAUCAGUUUCGAGGCGCUCAAAAAACCGUUCUAUACUUUCGCGAGCCGGUGCGUAUCAACGGCUCGUGCAUCCCUAAAAAUCGUCAGCAACCGAAACAGCCAAUAGCGAGCCUUGUUGCCGCGGAAGUAAUUGACGCUGGUGCCAGUAACGCAGAACCGAAUGCAUGUGAAUGAAACCAGAAUCAUAAAUAAAUGCAGAAUGUUUUGGACUAAUCUAAUGUUUUUGUUUAUUGUUAAUGAUUGAAUGAUGUUUUCAAAUGACCUGAUUCAUGAAAGUGAAUCGAUCAGACAAUAAUUUCUUCAAUGGAGUCAGUACCCAACUUAACAGUAUUGAUUGCUGGUUGCACUGUUUUAACGAUGCCAACCUUCUGAACAUCGGCUGAUGCUUUAUAAGUGUAGUGUUUUGGAGCUGCGCAAUACUUUCAAAAUACGCUAGAGCAUCAAAUGCGUUAUGCCCAACGCGCAUGCGUUGUACUGGUUCCAGUUUUAAUCAGUAAAUGCGCUAAUUUCGCUCUUAAAUGAUCUGGUUACGCACACUCCAACUUUUGCGUGCAAGAACACUUCGUUUAAUUAUGUUUAUUCUUCAUCUUUUUCGGCUCAAAAUUGAAAACCAAGUCUUCCAAUACGCGUAACCGUUAUUUGGUGUGCGUAGUAGUUGUCUUGGUAAUAAAACGGUUUGAAAAUUUUUCAUCAUCAAAGUAGGCGUGUAUUUGUAUUAUUACAUUUCAAAAUGGUUAUUUAUAAUGCAACGAAUAGUUAGUCCUUUUCAGGUUUGUAGCUUGUCGGUAAAAAUAUUAUUUACACAACUAGAAUCGUUUUAUCCUUCAUUAUAUUUAAAAGCAUUUAUUAGUAAUAGCUCAACCAUACAAUGAUAGAAGCUAAAAUAUCUGAGACAGCUAAAAAUGAACUUUAAAAUGUGACUACUGUUGUAUGCUGAAACAGCAGCACAUAUUUUAGGUUUGUAGUUCAAAUGGUUUUCUUGCAUUUCAUGAAUUGGUCAGAUAUUAUCGAAGUCCUUGUGAAAAGCUUCGGUCGUUUGUUCUGAUUAUUUCACAAGGCCUUCAUGUGAUCGUUUGCAGAACUCCGGUACAUGAAAUUUCGGGAUGUGAAGUUUUGGUGUCGGACGGGGGUAACCCUGCGAUAAUCUAGUCAUUGAAUAUUAAUAUUGAAUAUUAAGUAUAUCGUUGGAUAAACCUGCAUCCGUCUUGCCCGUGGUUUCCCUAUGCGACCGUUUCAACAACAAACAGCAAAUGUCAGAAAUAUUUUGAUUACACUUGUAGCAAGAUGCAUGGACAUUCCGCGUCGAACACUCGACAGAAACGGACGUGCAAAGUGGUCGUUCUAUUACAAUCCGGUCCCUGUGUACGAAUAGCCAAACAAAAGAGUGUAUUAUUCGCGCUAAAGGCCAACUAGAUUGUGAGUUGUGUCGAUACGUUCUGUACCCGGCUCACAACUUUGGCUGUAUUGGUGCAAAAUACCAGCUGCAGUUUUGAUCUGUGCACCGUGAAUAGAUCUUUUUAAUCCAAGCCCAUCAGUUGACAGUCGAGUCCGUGUCGCUGUGCUGAGUGAUCUCACACCCGGCUCACUGCUGGUGGCUGUAUUGGUGCUGCUGUACUGGAGCUACUGGCUGCUUUGGGUGCAGCUUCGAACGAUCGGACAACCACUGCUGGAAGGAAGAAGUAAAGAGGUACGUGUUCUUGUCGGCGCUAGUGCGCUAGUGCGCUACAUUUAGCGCAAUGGAUAUAGAUCCCUCGCCUCCCGUGCCACCAUCCCCGAACCCCCCUGACCCUGACCCUUCUGUUACCCCCUCCCCUGUUCAUUCUCCAGUCCCCCCUCGCCCCAGGCUUUACCCGGACGGAUCUCAACAGGGCAGCUAUACUGUUUAUUUUCGUCCAAAGGCAGGAGUGAAUUCAAAGCGUUUAAACAUACUGCAAAUUGCUAAAGACCUGACGAAGGGGUACAAGGCCGUGACCGAAAUUUCAAAGGUCCGACCUAACAAGCUCCGUGUCGUGGUCAGUGAUCUGGCACAGGCCAAUGCUAUCGCUUGCUCUGAGCUCUUCACACGCGAGUAUCGCGUCUACAUACCCGCACGAGACGUGGAGAUCGACGGUGUCAUAACCGAUUCGAGUCUGUCUGUCGAGUGUAUCCUAAAAAGCGCAACCGGUUGCUUCAAAAAUACCGAAACACAGGCGAAGAUUUUGGAUUGUAAGCAAUUGCGGUCCAUGUCUCUCGUCGGCGGUAAAAAAGUUUACACUCCGUCAGACUCGUUUCGCGUUACGUUUGCCGGAUCUGCACUCCCUAGCCACGUCUCGAUCGACCGGGUUCGUCUGCCUGUGCGAUUGUAUGUACCCCGUGUUAUGAAUUGCACCAAUUGCAAGCAGUUAGGCCACACAGCCGCCUACUGCUGCAAUAAGGCACGAUGUAGCAAGUGUGGGGAGACUCAUGCGGAAGAUUCUUGCAGUGUUAAUGCUGAAAAAUGUAUUCACUGUGGGGAAAACCAGCAUGAGCUCUCCACAUGCCCGGUGUACAUGCAGCGCAGAGAUAAAAUCAAGCGGUCACUUAAGGAGCGUUCAAAGCGUUCUUACGCUGAGAUGCUGAAGAAGACCGUGACCACUUCUACCAUAACAUCGAACCCCUUUGAUCUGUUGCCCUCUGAUGAAACCGAUUCUGACGAUUCAUCAGCGGGAACAUCUUAUGCCAAUCCUGGGGAGUCUAGGAAGAGGAAAAAUGUUUCUUCUCCUAAACUUCCCCGUAAAGGUCCUAAGAUUUCCCAAAGUGUAAUGAAAAGUACGAACAAACCAAACAGUGCUGCGGAAAAACCGAAGCAAACUCCUCCUGGGCUUGCAAAUUUAAAGUCCCAGAAGGAGUUCCCAGCACUGCCAGGAACAUCUAAAACCCCAGUUGUUCCUUUUGCACAUCCAGUUGAUGAAACAAACUCUGGAUUAGUGAAAUUUACUGACAUUGUGGACUGGAUUUUUGAAAAUUUCAAUGUACCCGAUCCAAUUAAAAUUUUUCUUACAGCAUUCCCCCCAACAGUUAGAUCAUUUUUGAAGCAGUUGACUGCCCAAUGGCCCCUCCUUGCAGCGGUUGUAUCCUUCGAUGCCUAAUUCAACUGCGUAUAUGAAGGAUUCUAUCUCUGUCUUACAGUGGAAUUGUAGAAGUAUUUUACCAAAAAUUGAUUCGUUUAAAGUUUUGAUAAAUAAAAACAAAUGCGAUGCAUUUUCCCUUUGAGAAACUUGGCUUACUUCAAAUAUUGAUCUCAACUUCCAUGAUUUUAAUAUUAUUCGCCUUGAUCGAGACACCCCAUAUGGAGGAGUACUUUUAGGGAUUAAAAAGUGCUAUUCUUUCUAUCGUAUUAACCUCCCCUCGAUUCCAGGCAUCGAAGUUGUCGCAUGUCAAAUGACAAUACAAGGUAAAGAGCUUUGUAUUGCCUCAAUAUAUAUUCCUCCCAGAGCACAGGUUGGGCAACGGCUGCUGUUUGAUUUAAUAGAACUUCUUCCCUCGCCACGUUUGAUUUUGGGAGACUUCAACUCUCAUGGCGUGGCUUGGGGUUCCCCAUACAAUGAUAACCGCUCCUCUUUAAUCUAUAACCUUUGCGAUGACUUCGACAAGACUAUUUUAAACAACGGUGAAAUGACACGUAUCCCGAAACCUCCAGCGCGCCCAAGCGCUUUGGAUCUAUCCUUAUGUUCGACGUCGCUAUUGCACAUGGAAGGUAAUCCUUGAUCCUCACGGUAGCGACCAUUUGCCUAUUCUUAUUUCAAUUAAUAACGGGUCAACUCGCAUGCGACCAAUUGACAUUCCGUAUGACCUCACACGGAAUGUCGAUUGGAAGUUAUACGAGGAAAUGAUUUCAAAAGCGGUCGAGUCGAUUCAACAUCAUCCACCACUUUAAGAAUACAACCUCCUCGCGGGCUUGAUUCUCGACGCCGCGUUGCAAGCCCAAACGAAGAAAUAUCCCGGCGUAACGAUCAAAGAACGGCCUUCCACUCCGUGGUGGGACCAAGAGUGCUCCGAUGUCUACACGCAAAGAUCCGACGCGUAUCUGACCUUCCGGGAUACAGACGAUGCCGACGACUUUAAACGUUAUUCGGAGCUUGAUACCAAGUUUAAAAGCUUGAGGCAAAGAAACGCGGAUAUUGGCGUCGGUUCGUAAACGAGACGUCGAGGGAGACAUCAAUGAGCACUCUUUGGAACACAGCCCGAAGAAUGCGGAAUCGCGUAACGGUCAACGAAAGCGAGGAGUCUUCAAGUAGGUGGAUAUUUGAUUUUGCCAGGAAAGUAUGUCCGGACUCUGUUCCUGAGCAAAACAUUGUUCGCGAUGCGUCUCCGGGCCACGACGCGAUUGAAUCACCUUUAACGAUGGCAGAAUUUUCAGUUGCCCUCUGUCCUGUAACAAUAACGCAUCAAAUUCAACUUGUUGAAGAAUCUACCCGGCAAUGCCAAGAGGCGCUUGUUGAACUUGUUCAAUAAGUUCCUGGAGCAAAAUAUUGUACCGCAGGAUUGGAGGCAAGUGAAGGUGAUCGCCAUCCAAAAACCAGGGAAACCAGCUUCUGAUCACAACUCUUAUAGGCCGAUUGCAAUGCUAUCCUGUAUCCGGAAAUUGAUGGAAAAAAUGAUACUCCGUCGUUUAGACCAUUGGGUCGAAUCAAAUGGUCUACUAUCAGAUACUCAAUUUGGCUUCCGCCGUGCCAAAGGGACGAAUGAUUGUCUUGCGUUGCUUUCAACAGAUAUUCAGCUGGCGUAUGCUCGCAAAGAACAAAUGGCGUCUGCGUUCUUGGACAUUAAGGGGGCUUUUGUUUCCGUUUCUAUUGACAUUCUUUCGGGUAAACUUCACCGACAAGGAUUUUCUCGAAUUUUGAACAAUUUUUGGCACAAUUUGUUGUCCGAAAAGCACAUGCAUUUUACGCACGGCGAUUUGGCAACUUUUCGCAUUAGCUACAUGGGUCUUCCCCAGGGCUCAUGUUUAAGCCCCCUUCUUUACAACUUUUAUGUAAAUGACAUCGACGAAUGUCUGGCAAACUCAUGCACGAUAAGACAACUUGCAGACGACCGUGUAAUCUCUGUUACAGGAGCCAAAGCUGCCGAUUUGCAAGGACCAUUGCAAGAUACCUUGGACAAUUUGUCUGCUUGGGCUUUACAGCUAGGUAUCGAAUUCUCUCCGGAGAAGACUGAGAUAGUAGUUUUUUCUAGGAAGCAUGAACCUGCUCAGCUUCAAACACAAUUAAUGGGUAAAACGAUUUCUCAGGUUUUGGUACACAAAUAUCUUGGUGUCUGGUUCGACCCUAAAGGCACCUGGGGUUGUCACGUGAGGUAUCUGAUGAAAAAAUGUCAACAAAGAGU